UAUCCGGAGGUGGAGGCACUGCAACCGGAAGUAGGUAGCGUUUCCAAGAUGGCGACUCCCUAUGUUACGGAUGAAACCGGAAAAUACAUCGCCUCCACACAACGCCCAGAUGGAACCUGGAGGAAACAAAGGAGGGUGAAGGAAGGCUAUGUUCCUCAAGAAGAGGUGCCCGUGUAUGAGAAUAAGUAUGUGAAAUUCUUCAAAAGCAAGCCAGAACUUCCUCCAGGACUGAAUCCUGAGGUCAGCACUCCGACAACAAAGCAAGUUUCAAAGGGACUGGAGACGAGUGAAACAGGACUCUCCAAGACAGCCAAGAGGAACCUAAAACGCAAGGAGAAGAGGAAGCAGCAGCAAGAGAAAGGGGAACGAGAUACAGAUGACCUGAUCCACUCCUUGGAGAAAACGACCUUGUCAGCGAUGCCGGGCAACAGCGGGGAUGGCAAAAUGUCUGUUCCCGCUGGCAGCACAAGACCCCCUGCAGGCGGCACUAAUGCCUCUGCUGUUGCUGCUGCUGCUGCCGCCACCUCAGAGAAGAACAAGAAAAUCAAGAACGUGAAAAAGAAACUGCGGCAGGUGGAGGAGUUGCAGGCACGGAUUGACUCUGGGGAGAUCAAGCAACCAACCAAAGAGCAAUUGGACAAGCUGGCUCGAAGGAAAGCUUUGGAAGAGGAACUCGAGGACCUGGAAUUAGAUUUGUAAGGGGCUGGAAUUUCAAGCGGACAUAAUGUGCAUAGGAACAAACCGUCCCCUGGAGAGCAUUCUGAGAACUGUGCAACACAGAGACCAGAAGAUGUUGUCUUCAGACUCUUCCUUUUUACCUUUUAUUUUAUUUUAUGUUGGGUGCUGUCUGAAUUUUUAAAGGUGUUUCUCCCAUCUAUUGAUGUUAGAUACUCGAGACUCUGAAGAAAUACUUUGCCAGCUGUCUAAGUCCUUUUCUAGAUUUCUCCUCCCCCAUCUCCAUUGCAGUGGGUAGCUGGGAGAUGGCAUUUGACACAGUGGGGCUGACUUUCAUAGUGGGUGGAGUGUUCCCUAUCCUUUCCCCUGCCCUUGUAUGAUAUACACCACCUUCAUGUUCUCUGUAGUGGUCACUCCACCUUCCACCUUCUUUUCUUCCUACUCAUUUUUAAAAAGGAUGCAAUAAUAAAAAUUGCAGUAGUAA